ACGAAGCUGGCAAACAAUUCGAACACUGCUGGGGGUGGCCCUGAGAGGCCACCACAGCGGGAGCAAGCGCAACAACAGGAACAGCCAAGUAACAAUCACGAAGCGGCUAGCGGAAGGGCCAACAAUCAAAAUGGUCCACCGGAAGCAGCAGCCUGUGGUCCGCAGGAAUGGAACGUCAACAAUAAUGGCCCUAGUGGUAGCAGCAGCAACAACAACAACAACAACAACAGCAACAAUAUCAACACCCAGAAUCAGAAUAAUCAGAGCGCAAAUAAUGAGGAAUGCGAUCGGUUCAGUUUCGAAGAUUCCGACCGUUUCGAGGAGGACUCGUUAUGCAGUUGGAGCUCAGAGCCGGAAAGCGUUUGUAAUAACUGGCGUGGUUGGAAGAAACCAGCUGGUACAUUGAACACAUUCGGUGCCAACGGCAAUCGGAGGACAUCCGACGGAGAUGUGACUACUUUGACAGAACUGGCGGCACGCUGUGUCGCAUCGUACAUCCCAUUUGAGCUGGUAGAGCAUGUGUACCCGCCAGUUCCGGAACAGUUGCAGCUACGAAUCGCUUUUUGGAGCUUUCCGGAUAACGAAGAAGAUAUCCGGUUAUACUCCUGUUUGGCAAACAGUUCGGCCGAUGAGUUUCAUCGAGGCGAACAGCUGUUCAAGAACCGAGCAGUGAAAGAUCCACUUCAGAUAGGAUUCCAUCUUUCAGCCACCGUUGUCGUGACCCAACCACGAAAUCAAUUCAAUGUAGCUGUAACCUUCGACCGACGAAGGAUUUCUUCCUGUAGUUGUACUUGUGUGCCCGCCGCGUACUGGUGCUCACACGUAGUAGCUGUUUGCCUUCAUAGAAUUCAUUGUCCGACAAAAGUUAGCUUGCGCGCUCCCGUUUCGGAGUCUCUAUCACGAUUGCAGCGCGAUCAACUGCAAAAAUUUGCUCAGUAUCUUAUAAGCGAACUGUCUCAGCAAAUUCUACCGAUUGCACAACGUUUACUGGAUGAGUUGCUCAGUUCGCAGCCGACUACCAUUAACACAGUAUGUGGAGCACCAGAUCCGACGGCUGGUGCCUCGGUCAAUGAUCAAACUAAUUGGUAUCUAGAUGAUAAGACUCUCCACGACAACAUCAAGAAAAUUCUGAUCAAGUUCUGUCUACCGACGCCUAUGGUAUUCAGUGAUGUGAAUUACUUGACCAACUCGGCUCCGCCGGCGGCCGCCGAAUGGAGUUCCUUACUUCGUCCUCUGAGAGGAAGGGAACCGGAAGGAAUGUGGAAUUUGCUGUCAAUUGUACGAGAGAUGUACCGACGCUGUGACAGAAAUGCAGUGCGAUUACUAGAGGUCAUUACGGAAGAGGUCAUGGCAUGCGAUCAAAUAUUAGUGUGGUGGUUCAACAUCAAGCUUGCCCUAUUGGUAGGGUCUAAUGGACAUGGUGGAGGUAAACAUAGUAACACUCAUUCGAAUUCGAAUGCUACACAACAUGCAUGCGCUUCGCUGUGUGAUGAAAUUGUUGUGUUGUGGAGACUGGCUUCGUUGAAUCCUGGAUUGGCACCGGACGAGAGAGAUAUGCUACAUGCACAGUUUACAACAUGGCAUUUGAAGAUUCUGGACAGGGUAGCGAAAAACAUGGUGGCUUCUUCUUCGCACAGUAGCAAGCAACAACAGAACUUAAGAAACGACGCCGAAUUAUUUGCCGGAUUCAAACCGGCAAUAGAAGCUUGUUAUCUGGACUGGGAAGAUUAUCCUAUAGAAGGCAUAACGCACACACAGGACACGAACCCAAUGUAUCAUUGUCCAUUUACAUGUUUCAAGCAGAACAGUGAGUCGAAAGCUGAAUCCUGCCCCGGACUUGUGAACUCGAGCCAGGCAAUUUUGCAAAAUAACGUAAAGCAAUUUCAGCAGAUGCCUCAUCAUCACCAUUUCAGUCAUCAUCAUCACCAUCAUCAUGGUCAUGGUGCAAACCAUAGCAGUAGCACAGCAGUUGCAUCCACCUCGUCGAGUUCCGGCGUCGGAGGAGCAUCUGGCAGUGCAACAAUUGUUGCCAAUACGAAUAACGGAAUCGCAAUUGCAAGUAGUAGUAGUAGCAAUUCCCAAGUCAAGUCUCAUCAUCGGCGAGAUUAUCGCCAUCGGGAUCGUUGCUACGGUUCCAGUAACAGUAGCAGCGACAGCGUCCCCGAUCGGUUUAAAGAAGCAACCGCAGGUUCUUCGAAAAUUGACCACCAUCUUGCGACAACUGCCGGAAAUGGCAAUACAGGAGGAAACAGAUCCAGCGUCAGUAGUGAAGGAUUUUGUGAAAACGAUGACGAUGUAAAUGUGACGGACGAUUUGCCAGGUCCCGGACCUAUCAAGAAAGAUGAGAUCGUAAGUGACUCGAAUAGCUCCUCGUCGAGUUUAGAGGAGAGUGCGGCGAAAUCUGGUAAUAAUGAACCAUCAGAUAGUAGUGAUGCUAAUAGCAUUUUGAAUGAUAUGAAUAAUUAUGAAAUCUCCGGUAAUAUUAAGCUAUUCGAGAUUUACAAUCAGGAUACUCUGCCGGGAACUUCCAGUUCUCCGUAUUCGUCCUCUCCAUCAACAGCUACUACCGCAACAAAGGUCAUUCCAGUGGAUGUGAAUCGAAAAAGUCCAAACAGAUCCCAAUCGAAUGAAAACUCUGGUAAACAACAUUCUGUUUCCACCAAGGACAUAUCGCCCGAAUCGGAACGCAACCUGCGAAGACCCUCGAAAGACGAAAGUCUUUCAAGCUCCGACAGCCAACAGAACAUGGAUGAAUACAACAUGUACUACUAUGAUUCAAAGCAAGCACAAGCACAACAACAGCAGGAAAUGCAGCAGAGACAACGGCAACCGUUAGAACCAAAACAACAGCCCCAGCAAGUUUUCUCUAACCUCAAACCUACGGAAGAUGCUUGGGAUAUCCUGUUCGCCCGAGCAGAGGGUCUCCAUGCUCACGGUCACGGCAGAGAGGCCUGUACAUUAGGUGUUCGUCUGGCGGAGGAAAUGCUGGCAAAUCCUCCGAAUUUGAUGAUCGAAUUACCCCCUCCGCCGAAAAAGAAGGGUAAAAAGCACAACAUCAAUCCGAUUUCUCAUCAACUCAGUGUUCUAGCAUCUGCUACAUUGGCAAAGUGUGCAUUCCUUUGUACUGUGCUAGCGGAAAACUCGGAACACUAUCAUCUAGCGUUUCGAGUUUGCUUGUAUGGAUUGGAAAUGUCACGUCCGCCAGCAAGUACAAAACCUUUGGAGGUUAAACUCGCUAAUCAGGAGUCAGAUUUGUUGGCCUUGUUAAAGCGUAUCCCGCUUGGUCACGCUGAGUUGAAAAUAAUUCGAGACAGAGCUGAAGCUCUCAGAGAUGGAUCACUGAAAUCACGCGGAGAAGCUUUACUACCCAUCAUGCUAGCGAGUUUUAUUUUUGACGCUUUGGUAAUUCCUAGUAUAAUUGGAAGGGAGAAUCGUAUGAAGGUUAUGAGCCAAUCCUUUAGGCUACCAACCGACGAAAAUCUUGGUUUUGAAGCAGCUGUAGCAGCCUUAGGGUUGAAAGCCAACGUAUCUGAAGCAGAGCAUCCUCUUCUUUGCGAAGGAACACGACGGCAGCGUGGAGAUCUUGCGUUAACACUGCUUUCAUAUUACAAAGACGAACCGAGGAAAAUAUGUCGUGUUAUGGAAAAACUGUUGGAUAGAGAAAUCCAUUCUCUGAUAAAAACGCCACUACUGCCCUCGUAUUAUUCAAACAAUCCACCGACUCGCAGUCAGACUUCACAGCUACGAAUGGAAGAGUACGAAACCAGCACUCAGCAGCUCUAUGCAACCGGAGAUCUACAGCAACCACAUCAUCCCGGUUUGCCUCAGAACGAUUUCAUGGCAAACAGUCGGCCCCAAAGUAGCACUAGUGCUGAAAUGGAGAUUGGUAUUGGAGCUCUCAGUUUGGGUCAACCACAGCCAAUACCUGCCGGACCAGCACCGGGUCCUUCAAACACACAGCCAAUCAUGUCCGGGCCUCCUGGCAGUGUAGCUGGAUCAGUAUCAACAACGACCACGCGUUCUAAAGACUCGCGCUACAAAGGUAAACGUGCGUAUCCCUCGAUUCCUAAUCAACCGUCUGAGGCCAGUGCACACUUCAUGUUUGAAUUGGCCAAGAAUGUGCUAACUAAAGCAGGUGGAACGUCGUCAACGUCAUUGUUCACACAAGCUUCCACGAACCAGAAUCAUCAAGGACCCCAUCGAGGAUUACACAUGUGUGCGUUUCAACUGGGGCUCUAUGCCCUCGGAUUACAUAACUGUGUCAGUCCGAAUUGGCUAUCUAGAACGUAUUCAUCGCACGUGUCGUGGAUCAUUGGCCAGGCUAUGGACAUCGGAGCACCCGCUAUUUCCUUUCUCAUUGACACAUGGGAAGGUCACCUGACACCGCCAGAAGCGGCUGGAAUGGCUGAUCGAGCCUCCUCCCGUGGAUGGGACAGCAAUAUGGUAAAUCCUGCAGCAGAACUAGCAUUAUCCGUUUUACCACACGCCGCAGCACUAAAUCCCAAUGAGAUUCAACGUGCGAUUCUACAGUGUAAAGAACAAAGCGAUAGGAUGCUGGAACGAUCUUGCUUGACCGUGGAGAAUGCAGCCAAGGGUGGAGGUGUUUAUCCUGAAGUGCUUUUCCAAGUAGCUCGUUACUGGUACGAACUGUAUUUGAGGAAUACUCCAGGAGGCGAGUUGGAGCUGAAUGAGCAGCACGAAUACUUCAGUGUGAAUCUCAUGUCGCUUAUGGAUUCUAGUGAAAUGCAACAGCCCCAACCUCCACCGCCAUCUAAUUCGUCAGUUGUGGUAAGUGCGACACCACCUCAACCGUACCAACAAACCGUAACUACACUAGCACCAAUUGGAUUGGCACCAUAUGGACCUUACAGUUUCCCCUGUCAGGGAAUAUACCAUCAGAACCUACCGUAUCACGCCAACCAGAUGCAGAUGUAUAUAUCCACUCCACCACAGUUCCAAUACCCGCCACCGCCUCCACAUACCAAUCCUUCUCAGCAACCGCCGGGAAGUUAUCAACCCCCACUAAACGCUGGCUAUCAGCCUAUGCAGCCACAUCCAGCUGUGCCACCUCAAGGCUACAAUCCUCAGCAGUAUCCACAAGUUCCAGUUCAGGUACAAGUUCCCCCUCCACAACCGAAUCAGCAGAUACAGCAAAACAUGCAAUACUACGGACCACAGGCAGUUCCCAUGCAACAACCUCCGCAAUCACAGCAGCCACCACCUCCACGACCACAGCCAGGACACGGUUAUCCGCCGUAUGCAGUUCCGCCUUCCACUCCCCCGGUACGACCACGUCAUCCGCAUCAAUUUACACCCACCCAACUGCGGUAUCUGCUGGCGGCGUACAACGCUGGAAUGUUAGCCCUAGAGACACUCGCACGUCGCGUUCACGACGAUCGACCACAGGCCAAAUAUGCCCGUAAUCCACCGUACGGUGAAGAUGUCAAAUGGUUGCUACGCAUUUCGAAACGUCUCGGAACUCAAUAUUUGCACCAGUUCUGUGUAUGUGCCGUUAACUCUAUCGUUUCGCCGUUUGUACUGCAUGAAGUAGCAAUCGAAUCGGCAAACUAUUUGUCGCGUAACAAUCCCGGCCUUGUGAUGCAGCACCUACGAACGCCACUUGCACCCUUAAUGCAAAAAUGUCAACAGAUGUACAUCCAAUGCAUCCAUCAAAAGCUAUAUCAUUUGACAGUCGCUGACUACGAAGAGUUUACCAGUACCAUACUUUCAGCACGAAAUGCAUUCCAGAUUACACCUGAAGGCACUGCUCAGUUCAAGGAUUGGUUACAAUCAAUCAAGAGAUCGAAAUCCUGCAAGAAAGAACUAUGGACUCAGAUAAACGCAGCCCUCAAUUCCAAAUGACAACGACUAGAGUCGAUCGGUUCCGAAUUAAACACACUGUCUUCGGUUACCGGCCACGUUCCCAAUGCAUCUGUAGCAACUCCAACUGGCGCACCGGCAUCGGCGAUAUCGACAA